UUUAAAUACAUGCCGAUGUGUGACAUAGACGCCCGCGCACGCUGUUGAGGAGUCCAGUUUGACUUGACAUUUCCGACGAGGCAAGGUUGAUAGGAGGUGCGUGGCAUUUAGGCCUCACUGCAGCGCCUGAUAUACAUGAAAACCCAGCUGCGGGGCUAGCACUGCGCCUGUUACUGGCGUUCCAUAUUCAGGACCCGCUGCUGCAGAACACGCUAAGCAAAAGGGCGCAGGCUGCUUUUAAAUCAUAACUGGACCGUCAACUGAUGUGCGGACAUUAAUUACAAGGCAGCCAGCCCCCGCUAUUAUGGAAGCAAAUUGACGGGGCCCAGCGAUGGCGUCCUUCGGCGAGGAGACUGGGCGGGGCAGGUCUGGCCACGUCUCGGGCCGCAUCAUAAGCAGCGCAAACGCCGUGAGGGGCCCGUCGGCAGAUGUGCCUCAAGCACCAACUCGGCGGCGGACGGGUGAGCACACGACGUCGCAUGGCGGGGGGCGCGCAGACAGUGGAGUGCGCUCUGCCGGCGUCGCGCGCCGCCCCGGUGCUGCAGCCUAUCACGACGAUGGCGAGGCGCACAGCAGCGAUGAGUCCUUUGACUCGGCGCCACCCAGGCGUAAGCCCCAGCCCAUCAACGCAGAGCUGGUGAAGCUGGUAGCCAGCUUCGCGCCGCUGGAGCUGGCCCAGCUGAAAGCCAUGGAGCAGAAGGCGCGCCUGAAGAAGGCCCGGGCUGCGGCAGCAGCACAGGGAGAGCCGACGGGAGCCAGCGCCCAUGCAGCUGCAGAGGCAGAAGCGUCGGGGUUCUCCGGUGCUAUGGCGGAAGACGCAAAUGUGUAUGAGGACGCGCAGUAUGAGGACGCUGAGCUGGAGGCGCCAGCUCCUGCGCCAGGGCAUCAGUCCAGGCGGCAGUCAGCGGCAGGUCGCGCUGCCGAUGUACACGGGGCAACCAGCACAGGCCGCUCCAAAUCGCCUGGGGCCGGGAGACCUUCGCACCUUCCGGCUGCUCCCGCUAAGGGAGCUGUGGUGAAACGGGACCUAAACAUCCUGCCCAAUCCCGUGGCAUUGAAGCAGACAGAGGCAGUUCAGCGGCAACAGGCUGUCACGAACUUCGUUCAUCGGCUGCAGAAGGAGCAGGAUGCGGUUCGCGCGGAAAAGGAGCGCCGCCUGCAGGCGGAGAAGGAGGAGCUUGCAGCUCAGGUUGCAGAGGCAACGGAGGCUGCCAAGGAGGCGGCUGCGCAGGUCACAACGGUACCCGAGCCAAAGCCGCCGCCAAUCAAGAAGAAGAAGCCCGUGGCAGCCCCCGGCGCGGCAUCUGGUCUUCACGGAAUGCAGGCCAUGGCUGCGGAGGCUGAGCCGGAGAAGAAGCCGGCUGACCCGCGGCCCUGGCGCCAGAAUAUGAAGCGGCGACCCACACCGAUCUCCGGCGACGCGCCGACCGGCGCUCCGCCGGACGUGGGCCCCAUCCCCAUGACCGGCGCGCCACCUCCGCGCAGCAUCAGCCCCAGCGCAGCCGCUGCAAACAUGCGCACGCUCGACCCAGUUGCGCGGAUGCAGCUCAAGGAGUUCAUGGACCGGAAGGCGAAGGAGGUUUCCAUAAGGCAGGCGCAGGAGCGAGCGGCGCAGCAGGAGGCGAAGACCGCUCAUCUGCGGGUGGUGAAGGCGGAGAUGGCCAAAGCGCGCCAGCGUGCUCAAAGGUACGCGGAGUCUGGCAAGGACGCCGCCCCUGCCACGCGCCCAGCAUGGGUAGACGUCGCCCCCGGCGAAAACGCGGGCACCGCGCUGCUCAACCGGCCGGCGCCGGCGCGGCGGCCGCCGCAGGAGGAGGCUGACUUUGAUGUCAUGUCAGAGCGCGCGCUGCCGCACCACAUGAGCGAUGCCAUGCGCAUGGAGGUGAUCGAGCGGCGGCGUCGGGAGCGGCUGCAGGGGCCAGGGUCGCCGCAGCGUGGCGGUCGCUCGGUGCUGGUGGACGACUUCGGGAACGCCAUCGACAGCGACAUGGAGUCGGGGCCGCAGGUGGUGCGCGUGCACGACCCAGACACGUCGGGACAGACCGGCCGGGUCUACCGUGCCGGCUCUGCCCGCCCAACGAGGCCGCUCGUGACCGCGCCACAGCGGCCGGCCAGUGCGCAUCCUGCUGUUCGGCCUGCACAGCCUCUGCCGCCACCACCGUCAGCGUCACAACGGGCGGUGGACCUUGAGGCCCGUCUGGCUGCACGGAAGCUCUACGACCAGCAGCUGCGGGAGAUGCAGGCGGCGGAGCGGCGGGACAGCUCUCGAGGGCACGACACCUCUCGGGCCCGGGACAACUCCCGCGGCCGCACCCGCAGCCCCACAGCGGGCCGCAAGCACCACUCCUCCACCGUGCGCUCCCGCUCCCGCUCGCGCUCUCCGCACAAGCGUGCCAAGCAAUCAAACCGGCGAUCACGCUCGGGCUCGCGCGCGGGCUCCGCCACCCGGCGCAAAUCCACAGCGCCCGGAGGCGCCCGCGGCAGCGCUGUGUCGGCGGUGCAGGCGGAGCUGCAGCAGGCACGCAAUGAGCAGCAUGUGGGCGACCUGUGGGACCUGGCACUGCAGCUCAGCGCCCGCCUCGGCGCGCUGCAGCAACAGCAGGGCUACCCGGUGGGCGCAGGCGUCCCGCCCGCCUGGCCCGAGUCCCAGCAGCUGCCCGCGCUAUUGCCCGAGGAGGAGCAGUACCGGCUGGAGCAGCAGUGGCUGAUGGAGCAGCAGCUCAUGCAGCAAGAGCAGCAAAUGGGGCUGCUGCCGGAGGGCUUCCGUGAUUCGGUGGGAGGCUCGAUGGCGGGCUACCCGCUGGGCGCCAUGGCCGUGGUGCCCACGGACCUGCAGUCCCAGCCGCUGUACGACGACAGUCUGCGGGCGUCGCCACAACGGCCACCCGUAGACCAGUUCGACGAGGGCACACAGGCGGAGGUGGAGUUCCGCAGCGAGGUGUCGUGGCCCACAGCCGUGCACAAGAAGGCGCGUGUGACGGGCAGCAGCAGCGGCGGCGGCGCGGCAGUGCUGACGCGGCUUGAGGAGGAGCGCAGCACAGGGGCGUACAGCUACAGCACUGAUGCCUUCGAGAGCAUGGGCGGCGCCAGCCAGAGCACGGCCACGGGUGUGCCGGAGUCCAUCGGCGAGGACGCUACAAGCCAGGGCAGCAGCAGUGCGGCUGUCGCCGCAGGCCGCCUGGAUGCCACCCGAGGCAUGCAGACGGGCGGCAGCAUGCGGGCUGUGAGCUUCACCAGCAUGACGUCCGGGCUUCGCAGCGCCGCCAGUGCCACCAGUCGCGACCAGGACGUGUCUUCCUUCCGCAGCAAGCAGGCAGUAGCGAGCCUCAGCAGCAGGAAACGGCCGGAGCAGGAUGCAGAACCGGAGCGCCCGGCACGCAUGAAAGUGCCGCUGAUUGGCGUCCAGCAGCCCGGUGCGGCGGCGCCGACAGCUCGGCCGGCAUCUGCUACCGGUGGCUCGGCCGCGGGCGCGCCCCCAAUUGUGUCCAUUGCGGCGUCGCCUGCCAAGUCCGUCACUGUGAUCACGGCUAUCACGCGCACAGCGUCUGGGGCCGCCAACCCCAUCCCAGCAGUGCCGCCUGCGCUGUCACCGACCAGGUCAGCAUCUUCGGCCGCGCCGCCCUCGCCCGCCAAGUCGGUGCCGGCGGCGCCCAUCAUCCAGAUUCCUCUGCCGCCCGCGAACACGCAGCCCUCAGCCGACAGCGUGGAGCCGUCUCCGGGCCUGCCGUAUGACAAUGGGGCAUACAGCGCGGAGAGCGCCGAGGAGGGCAGUAGCAGUGGCGAGGAGUCGGGCUACGGGCAGCGUGUGUACACCAUCUCGCAGCUGCACAACAUCCUGGAGGAGAACCCGCGCUUGGCCCAGCGGCUAACGUUGGAGCGCGAGCGGGACCGCUGGGAGGCAGAUGAGGUUGAAGGCUCGCCACUGCGCAGCAGCCUCAUCAAGCCCCUGCCGCGUCCGCGCUCGCCGGAGCCGCAGCCGGGGCCAGGCGAUGACAGCAGCGAUGCCAGCAGCGCGCCGGACACGCCCGCGCGCGCUUGCGAGGAUGUUGUGAACGAGUACGAGCAGGCCAAUAGCCCCAUCCGCAUCCGCCCGGCGCAGCGUGAACUCAUGAAGGCCCAAGCCGCAAAGCGUGCGGAGGAGCAGCAGGAGCUUGCGCUGCAGGCAGCCACACCCCAAGAUGAGGAGAUCGGCGCCGAGCCCUCCGCAGACGACAUGACGGUGCUGACCUUCCCAAAGUCCGGCGACCCAAUGAGCAUCAUCAACCUCAUCGCCCACAAGGGCCGGCUGCCAGAGCGGCCAGCCAUUAUCCAGCUGAGCGAGCCGCCGCUGGCGCAGGUGGUGGACCACGAGACGCAGACGAUUCUCGUGGUUCCGGUCAGCGAGGCGCAGACGCAGCCAGUGCCGCGGCACUUCGCCGCCUCGGAGGUGCUGGUCAUUCCCGGCACUGACGGGACGCAGCUGGUCUUCUCGCGUGAGCUGGUGCAGCCGCAGCGCGAGCAGCCGCAGCAGCUGCCCAUCGGGCCCGCCUCGCCGCCCAAGUACCUCACGGACACGGGUGUCGGGGAUGAGCGCGUUGCGGCGCCUUCCGACCUGGACUUCACGGCCGCGCAGGAGCUGAACGACAGCCUGCCGCCGUACGUGCUCAUGCCGGCGGCGACGUCUCAGACCACAGGCAUCAGCAGCAUGGGGACACAAGCACAGCCCCAGUCACAGCCCAGUCUACAGCAGCAGGUGGACUUGCUGCGGCAGGCGCGGCAGGCGGCGGCGGUUGCGGCGACCCGCGAUGGGCCGGCCCUGAUGGCGCAGCUUGGGCGACUGAGCGAGUUGCGGUCUGGAAGUGGCGCAGCGGCAGGCGCGGCGUCGGGUUCGCUUGGCGGAGCCUUGCCUGAUGGCAGCAUUGGCGGAGCCAGUCAGGACGCCUCGGCGGGCCUGACAGGCGUUAUGGCGAGCCCGCCGCCACGGCCCCGCAUGGUCAGCUUCAUUGACGAGCCCAUGGGCCCACCAGACCGUGUACGGCUCGCCCCUAAUGAGCUGUACAAGCAGAUGCAAGACACGCUGAAGACCUACGAGGAGCUGGACGCGGCAGAGCUGGAGCUGCAGCAGCUGCAGAACGCCCGCGCCAUUGCGGCCGUGCAGCGUGAGGCGCACCGCAUUGCACAGCGCCUGGACCAGACCGCCAUCGCGGAGUCGCAGGCGCAGCUCAUGGCGCAGAACGCAGAGGCCCAAGCUCUGGUCAUUGCGCAGGCGCAAGCGGAGAUGGAUGCUAAGCUGGUUGCCAUGGAGGAGAACCUGCGCAGUGAGGUCCGCAAGGAGAGCCUGCACCACCUCAACGACGUCACCUCCAUGUUCCUGCAGCAGCUGACACGGAACAAGGUCGCGCACGCAAAUGUGCAGACCAUGUCUGAGGACCUGCCGCAGCCGCGGAAGGAGAUGGCCGUUCAGGUGGAGCCAGUGCACCCACCUUCCAUCCUCCGGCACACCGCCUCCUCGCCAUCGCCACCGCGACCACCGCCGACGUCCCUCCGUGCCGAUUCACCCUCGGCCGCGAGCCCUCCAAUCAUCCACCGUGGCACGUCCCCCACGCCCCCGCCUGCCGUGCAGCUUCGCACGUCGCUUCGGUCCCCGUCUCCUCCCCAGCCGGCUGUGCCGACCUCGCUGCGCUCCAGCCCCGUGCCGACAUACCAGGACCAGCAUCCCUACAGCCGCGGCGGCAGCCCAGGGCCCUCGGAGGGCGGCGCAGCUGGCCUCAGGAGCCGCGUCUCCAUCAGCAAUGUCGCCUCCGAGUAUACGGAGGUGUUUGAUGAAGACGAGGAGGAGGAUACAGAGCCGCAGGCGCGCCGCGGCCAGCCGGUCCGUCCUGCCUCGCGGAGCGCCUACCGCCAGACCAGCACAUUGUCUGUACCCGAGAGCGUGUAUGAGGACGAGGAGUUUGAGGAGUACGUGGAGGAGGAGUCGGGCGUGUACUCACGUGGCACCUCGCGCCCCACAACGCGGCAGCCGUCGCGUGUGACUAUCCGGCCCCAGGUCAGCACCAGGUCCGUGGCGGAGAGCAACUACUCCGACCGCCCGCCGCUCAAGAGCGCCCUUCGCCAGCAGACGAGCACCAUGUCUAUUCCGGAGAGCGUGGAGGACGAGGACGAGCCAAUUCGGCGCGCGCCAUCCCGCGGCGUCAAUAACCAAGCCAGCACGAUGUCCGUUGCUGAGAGCAUCCGCUCGGAGCGCACCGAGUCCACGCGCCGGCCUGCGCCAAGCGCGGGCCGCCGGCAGAGCGUGGCGGAGAGCGUACCCUACUCCUCCGUAGGCGUCAGUGGCGAGAGCGGCGAGAGCGGCUCCAUCCCAGAAAGUGUGCCGCAGCCCCAGGCCUCCCACAGCCACAUGUCGGUCCGGUCACGCCGGCCGCGCAGCAGCGCCGCGACCACUGAGCCUGGCUACAGCAUGUCGUUUGAGGACGCCGAGGUGAUGGAGGAUGACGUGGAAACUGAAGAGCCAGGUACCGUGACGGGCACGGAGGUAUACAGCGAGGACUUUGCGGAGGAGCCCUCCCAGGUGUCAGGGCGCCGGCCUGCGGCGCGUCAGCCAGCCCACCGGGGCGCUGCGGCGACGGCAUCAACACGGUCUACGGAGGUGGAUGACGAGGUGCAAACGGAGGAGCCUGGCAGCUACAGCCAGGACGCGACCACCGUGGGUGAGAGCGGGCUGGGUACGUCCGGCAGCAGCGGCCGUGUCGCGCCGGCAAAACACCAGCAGCUUGUCAGGGCCUCAGCGGUGCCCGGGCAGGUGGUGACGACGCCGGUGGCGGACCCCAAGAAAGCCAAAGCUGCGGCAACGCCGCAGUCGCCGCUGCUCAUGCGUGUGCCGAUGGAGGGCGGUCUGGAGCUGGACGACGAGAUGAUGCAGACGUACACGGCGGACGCCGAGGCUCAGAUGCUUGCAGAGGUGACGCGGCUCCAGGAGCGGCUGGCAGCCAUCACCGCCGCGGCCGACACCAAGAUGGUGCAGCUGGAGGACGAGCUGGGCGAGGUGAAGGACCCGCAGCGGCGGCAGGCCAUCAUCCGACUGCAGCGGCUUGUGCAGGUUCAGCGUGACGCUGACGAGGCUGACUUGCAGCGGCAGAUCCACGCCGUCAAGGCUGACUACGCCCGCCAGCAGCUCUACAUGGAGCGGCUCUACCGCCUCGCACAGAUCACUAGCCCCGCCGCCGCCGCCAAGCGUACCGGCACCGCGCCGGCGGCGGCCGUGGCAACGCCCACCGCCUCCAAGCGCACUGGCGCUGCACCGGCCGCGGCGCCAGCUGCCAAGGCGCCCUCCCGUGGCCCAGCGCCGAAGCGGCAGGCGUCUGUGUCCAGCAGCAUUGUGGAGGAGGAUUACUCUGAGCCCCAGAUGAAGGAAUCAGGGUCGGGUAGCAUUGUGGAGGAAGUCGCCACCACUCGUGGCGAGCGCACGGGAUCCGGCAGCAUUGUGGAGGAGCGCUCCGCAGCGAAGCAGCACCGCUCACGCUCAGGCAGUAUCCUUGAGGAGAGCAGCAUUCCAGGCACGGCUGCGGGCCGGACUGCCUCCGUUGCUUCCGAGGUCAGCUACGAGUACACCGGCGACUUCGAGCCGCCGAGCGCGCACACGUCGCGCCGGCAGCUGCUUCCCGCCGGUCGCCCCGCCAAGCCCGCACGGCAGCAGAGCAGCGUCAUGGACGAGAUCGAAGAGAACUUGUCGCACCGGCGGCUGGGCACCUCCGGUGGCGGCAUGUCGCAGUCGGUGGUGACGGAGGACGACGUCCGCCACCGCUCCGGCAGCACCGCUGGCCGCUCCAGCAGCCAUCAGCGACGUGGCCGCAGCAGCGGCUCCGAUGUGGCGGACAGCGACCAGUACAGCGAAGAUUAUGACGCCAAAGCCAAGCACAAGGCCCGCGCCAAGAGCGCGUGCAGGCGCACGUCAGCUAGCGAGGAUCUAGAGGGCGGCAGCAGCGAGCUAUCGGUGAUGUCGGCGGCGCUGGAGCGGCAGCAGGCGGAGCUUCAGCUCAUGCUGAAGCGCAAGCAAAAGGAGCUGCGUGACAAGGAGCGCAGAGCCAAGCUGCUGGCUAAGCAGGCGGCAGUUGAGGCACUGCAAAAGCAGCUAGCGGCCCUGGAGGCACGCGAUGCCAAGGCGGCGCCGGCCAAGCAAGCGGCGAAGGCGCCAGCCGCUGCAAAGCCCCGCCAUGACAGCGAUGCCAUCUCCGAAAGCUCCAUUCCUGCCUACUCCGAGGAGCAGCAGUACGGCACCGCCUCUGAGAGCGUUGCCGACGAGGUCGGCUCCUUCACGCCACGUUCCAUGCCCGACGUGCGCGGCCGGUCCGGCUCCGUGGUCUCUGAAUCCAUCCGCAGCGAGUCGCACGCCGGCGGCCGCCGCGCCCACCACACGCGCAGCUCUGGCAGCGUCACAGAGUCUGUGGCGUACACGGAGCCUGAUGAGGAGGCCGAGAGCGCCUCCUAUGCCACGGCAUCCGUUGCCAGUGGCUCCAAGCACCACUCCGGCUCUCGCUCUUCGGAGAUCAGGGCCGCCCAGCGUCUGUCUGCGCUGCACAAGGCCGUGGCCGCGAAGGAGAAGGAGCUGCGCCACCUGCAGAUCAAGCAGGAGGAGGAGGCCCUGCAGCGCCGCCUCAAAGAGCUGGAAGACCAGGAGCGCAACCUCAAGUCCGGCCCGCCUCCCAAGCCGCCAAAGCCUCCCGGCGCCGCUACCACAACGGCGCCGGUUCAGCGCAAGCCCGCUCCUGCAGCUGGCGGCCACUCUUCGUACGGCACCUCGGGCGACAGCGCAGCCUACUCAGAGGACUUUGCGAGCGGCGCGGCCUCCGGCACCAUUCCUGGUGGCUACGCCUCCUCAUCCGUCGUGGACGAAGUGCCCAGCCAGUCGGUGCUGCGUGCCGCGCCGCGUGCGGGUUCGCGCUCCAGCUCUAUUGUUGAUGAAUACUCAAGCGACAACGCUGCACCGUCUUCGCGCGCGGGCGGCCUGGCUGGAGGCAGCGGCAGCAUCGUGGACGAAGCCAGCAGCGUGCCGCGUGGCGGCAGCGCCUCCGCCUCGGGCGACGUGUACGCCGAGAGCUUUGAGACCGACAGCGUGCGUGGCGCGUCUGCGCUCCGUGACGCCAGCGAAAUCUUGGACGAGGCCGGUGGCGGCACCAGUGGCGAAACAGCCGCUGGGGCUGCAAGCCUGGACGUCAUCCAGGAGGAGGACGUCCGCACCGCGUCCUUCCGCUCUGCCGGCCGCAGCGCCGGUGCCUCGCGCGCUGCCCUGGAGGACGAAGUGGACGAGCUCGAUGUCGAUUACAGCGAUGAGGUGCAGGAAUUGCAGGCCUCGCGCAGCGCGGUACCGGUCGGCGAGGCCAGCGGCGGCGAGCUGGAGGAAGAGGAGGGGGCGCUGGCAGGUGCCAGCGUGCAAUACAGCCAGGAGAACGUGCAGGACGAGGUGCAGUCCAUCCAAGACCUGGAGGCCGCCUCCAUCGAGCACUCCGCCUCACAGCCGGACGAGACAGUGCAGGAGUUCAUGACCACCGCCAACAGCCACAGCCCGUCGGCCGCGCCCAGCGGCGAGGCUAGCGUGGCCGAGGAGGUUGUAAACGUGCGCGAGUUCACCCGCACUGCCGACACCAUUGGCGCCUCCUUCGCGCCCAGCGUCAACAGCGCCGACCUGGAGCCAAUCGCCUCGGGCUCUGCCGCCACUGCCUCAGUGGAGGGUAGCGUUGUCUACUCAGAGCCGCAGGAGCAGCAGUCGCCGGCCGCGUCUGGCGCCGGCGAGAUUGAGGAGGAGGAUGCGCCGUUUGUGGUUCAGCAGCGCAGCCCAACGGACUCGUCUGACAUUGAGGAGGUGGCGGCGGCGGAGCCGGCAAGCGCCAGCGGCGACCGCGGGGCCAGCGGCAGCAUCGUGGAGGAGCAGCCAGGCCGCAGCGCAGUCAGCGCCUCGGCCCUUGAGGACAUUGAACCCGAGGAGCUGGAGGUUGAGUACAGCGAGGAUGCGCCUGAGCCCGCUUCGGUGGAGGUGGAGGAGGAGGAGCCCUUCGUGGUCAAGGAGCGUGGCGGCUCGGACGAGGAGGAGGAGGAGGAGGAGGUGCCAGAGGCCGAGGUGGAGUACAGCGAGGAUGCCGUUGAGCCUGCCUCAGCCGAGGUGGAGGAGGAGGAGCCAUUUGUUGUCAAGGAGCGCGGCAGCUCAGACGACGACGAGGAGGUGGCUGACGAGGCAGCUGGCGUGGAGGUGGAGGAGGAUGAGUACACGCUGGAUGACAUCGAGGUGGAGGACGAGGAGGUGGACGCCAGCGCCCGUACGAUGACGAUGGAGGUUACGGAUGUGGCCGCCGAGACCACUAUGCCUGUGGAGGAGGCCGAGGAGGAGGAAGCGUACACGGAUAGCUUCCACACCUCAGCUGUCACCGGCACGGGCACCGGCACGGCCAGUGGCCAGAGCGGCGCGCUGGGCACGACCGGCGACGUACAGGAUGCCUCCACGCUGCUGGGGCAAACCUCGUUGCAGGAGGUGGCGUCCGCAUCUUCGCUGGGGGGCAGCCGGCUGGUGGGCCGCGAGGGCAGCGCCAUCUCGGCGCGCGGCGCCGGCCCCUCCAAUCUGGGCAAGCAGGCGUCAUCAAUGUCUACCAAUACCUACGGCGAGGAGGACUUUGAGGAGGAUUUUGACGGCUCCGAGCUGCCAGGCCUUUCGGCUCCUGGCGACCGGACGGCUCUCAGCGUUGUGGAUGAGGAAGCAGAGCCCGGCGUUUCAGUGUCUCAUGCCUACACCGAGGAUUUCCCCACCGCCAGCGCCGACAUCACCGCCGCCGUCGCGUCAACCGCAUCCGCGGCCCCGGCUGCUGGCCGUUCUUUGCCCUCCGCGGCAGAGGAGGCCAGUGAGGAGAGCGCCGAGGUGGAGGACGUUGCGGAGGACGUGGAGUACUCGGAGGACCUGGCUGCGGAGGAGGACGAGGAAGAAGACGCCUUCGGCGUGUCCAGCGGCGCUCCGCCUGGGCCCGUGCUGCAGCCAGCAGCAACAGCCCAGGUCGGCGUGGAGGUCAGCCAGCGCUACGGCCCCGUUUCCGCUGGCUCAUCAGGCGGCUACAGCGAGGAUUUCCCUGAGGACCCGGCGGAAGAGGCGGAGGCAGCAGACGAGGAAGAGGGCGGCGAGGAGGAGGACGUUGAGCCGCCCGAACCCAUCCUUGCGCACAAGGAGCCGUCGGAGGAAGCGGUGACGCUGGCAGCGGCGCGCAGUGCGCCGCCGCAGCCUGCAGCAGCUGCAGAGCAGUCUGGCGGCACAGCAGAGGCGGAGGAGGAGUCGGGCUCGGUGUUCUCUGUGGAGGAGGAGACGCUGGAGGACGCAGACGCGGACGCGGAGGAGUCCAGCACUGAGCUGCCGCUGGCUGCGGCGGCCGCAUCUGCCUCAUCCACCCCUGCUCCUGCACCCGAGCCGGAGGCAACCGCUGAUGACGACUACACGCGCGACUUCACGCUCGAUGUGGAGGAUACCGCCGCCCUCAGCUCCGCCUCAGCUGCGCCCCGCGCCACAGGCGACCUCAGCAGCCACCCCAUCAGCCAGCCCCAGUCGCCGCCCGCCGGCUCUGACGACGAGGGCGCGGGCUCGGAGCGGCACGGCUCCGUGCUCGUGCACGCAACCCCGCCUGGCGAGCGGGCCGACUCUGAGGAGCAGGCGGCAAAGGAGGAGGAAGAGGAGGUGGUGGAGGAGGAGUAUGAGGACGAUCUGGAGGAGGACGAUGGCCUUGAUGUGUCCGACUUGGGACUGGAGCCGCCACCUGUCUCCCGCGCUGCGCCUGAGCAAGCGCCGGCUACCGAGGCCACUGACAAGGUGGAGCCCGAGCAGCAGGCGGAGCCGGAGGCAGAGCAGGAGGCAUCCGGCGUCCGGGGCCUGGCGGAGCCAGAGAUGGAGGACAGCGGCAUCAUCACGGUGCCGUCGGGUCGCGGCAUCCGCCAGACGCGCAACAUCGAGUCCCGGCGCUGGCGCAACCGCGACGCCAUGCUGGCGGAGGAGGACGAGGAUGAGGAAGACCUGGAUGGCGCCGAGCUGGACCUGGUGGACAUGAGCAUGGUCGCUGGCGAAGGCGGCGACCUGCUGGCCAUGCUGGGCGCCGACUUCAUUGAGGCCAACGAGGCCGUGACGCCCAGCCACAGCUUCCGCCUUCGUGCCGACCUCAGCAGCGGCACCUCCGCCGCCAGCGGCUCGCCCUUCGGCGCGCUGCGGACCUCGCUAUCGCACCGCCUGGCCACCCUGCGCGAGCAGCAGGAGCAGGAGGGUGAGGAGGGCACCGAGGCCAGCAGCGAGGCCAUCACGCCGCACAGCCGCCAGCCGCCCCUGUUCGACAGCGAGACGGAGGGGCGCGACGGGGAGGCAGCGCAGCAGGAGCAGGAGAAGCCGGAGGUGGAGGUGGAGGAAGUAGAGGAGGUGGUCGAGGAGGAGGAGGUGGACUUGGCGGCAAGCGGCGACGAAGAGGACGAAGCUCCCUUCAAGCCUGCUGCCGCCGCGCCGCCGGCUCCUGCUGCGGACGAGGAGGAGGACAAGGUCAUUGGGUCACGCGCCGCGUCCGCACCCGCGCCCGUGGCUGAGAAGUCUGAGCCAGCGCCGGAGCCUGCGGCUGCGGUGGCGGCGGCGGCGGAGCCGUCUGCCGAGUACAGCGAGGCGGGCCUGGAGGCGCCCAGCGAGGGCGGCAGCGGCGGCCGCCAGUCGGUGGUGGAGUACGACCUGUACACCAGCGCCGCGCUGGCAGCCACCGACUCAGACGACCUGGCCGAAUACGCAGCAAACUUCGAGUCGCAGGCCAUUGGGGAGGACGACGAUGACGAGGCUGUGGCCGCCGAGGUGUCCGGCAUUUCGGCGUCAGGCCUCUCCGACGAUCUUGGCAAAUACCAGGCCACGGCACAUCCUGAGUCCGACGAGGAGGAGGCGAUUGCGGCGGCUGCACCCGCGCCGUCUGCAGCGGAUGUGGCGGCCGCAUUGACGGCUGCGGAGGAGCUUCCGGCGCCGCCUCUGGCGAAGGAGAAGAGCCCCUCCAUUCACGCCUCCGACGAGGAGGAGGAGGAGGUGCUCGAGGAGGAGGAAAUAGAGGAGGUCGAGGAGGAGGAGCUUGGGGCCGCCAGCAACAACCCCUUCUCAGUGGACGAGAGCAUUGACCGCAUGCCGGCGCUCUCACCGCAUGGCGCCGCCAAGCCGCCGGCGCCAAUCACCUCUGCGCGCGAGCUGUCCUCGCCCACCGAGUCAGCAGCAGCGGCAGCUGAAGAGCAGCCCGGACUCAAAUCAGCGCUGGACGACGAGUCGGAGCACAAGGCCACACUCAAAGUGGCUGUGGAGCCGGCGCCACAGGAGCCGGCCUCGCCGACCGUGUCGUCUCCGGCUUCGCGCCGCAGCAGUGCCGACCUUGCAGGCGAGACCAGCCUGGGGCCACUGCCUCGCUCAGGCCUGGUGGGCGACGACGACGAGGACGAUGAUGGCACGGGCCUGGAGUACCGUGCGCUCUACAAGCCGGAGCCGUCGGAGCCCGCGGCCGGCCUGGAGGCGGAGCCCUCCGGCCCCAGCCCGGUGCGCGCAGACGCGCCGCCCACAGCCAGCGCCGCUGCCUCCCCGCUGCCAACCGGCGACGUUACGGCUAGUGUGAUUGAGGAGGAGGAGGCGGGCACCGGUGGCGUCGGCGUGCGCGGCAGUGGGCUGCUGGACCAGCUGCGUGCCUUCGUGGGAUCCGAUGACGAUGACGAGGAUGCGGAUUUCGGUGCCAGCGGCGGCCUGGCGACCCGGCACCUGUCGGGCGCAUCGCUCAAGCCGGCGCUCCAGUCGCUGCUUGACCAGCCGGACGAGGAGGGCGUGAGCAAGGGCGACUUUGAGAGCGAGAUUGAGGAGAUGCUGGCGGCGUCUCGGCGGCAGUCGCGCCUGCAGUCGCCCUUCCACUCCCGUGACUGGUCGGAGGCGGCGACGCCCGAGGUCACCACGCCCUACUCCCUCUCAACGCGUGCUUCCAUGGCGGGCACGCAACCUGAGCGGGUGCCGUCGGGCACCGGCGCAACCCUGUUGGCGGUGGCGGCCGCCGCGGCCGCUGCGGCGUCGCAGCAGUCCACGGGCAGCGACCAGUCGUCCUGGCAGCCGCGGGAGUCGGACGCGGAUUCGGAGGGGCUGCUGGAGGCGCUGGAGCAGAAGGAGCCUACCCGGGACGAGCUGGCGGACCAGAUCACCGCAGCGACGGUCAAGGAGCUGGUGGCGGAGGCGGUGAACGUGAUGGCCAGUAUCGCGGGCGGCGCGGGCGAGCUGCCUGCCACGCAGGCGGCGGGCGCGGUCGCUGGGCUGGCGGUGCAGGUGUCGUCGCCGCGCGCCUCCCUGAGCAGCCUGCAGAUGCAGACCACGCCGAAGCACCGCUUAGCCAACGUUUCCUCCUUCCACUACAGCGAAGCCGACUUGCAGAAGCUCGAGGCGGAGGUGGCUGCGCAGGAGGCCGCCGCGCCCGCGCCCGCCGCGGAGGCCAGCGCCAAGCAGGAGGCCGCCGCGGCCGGUGCCAGCGGCGAGACGUCGUCUGCCAGCAUCAGCAUGAGCGCCGGCGACCUGGAGGGCGACAUUGAGCUGGAUGCCGAGGAGGACGUUGAAGAGGUGGUGGAGGAGGCGCUGUCGGUGGAGGGAGAGGACGAGGACGCAGCCCCUGGCAUCAUCGAGCUGCCCAGCCCGCUGCCCAGCGAGAGCGGCUCCAUCAGCUCUUCCAUCUCGCCGCGCCGCGCCUACGAGCCGCCCGGCGCCUCCAAGCUGUCCACUGCCGGGCCUGCCUCGGUUCCCGCCCUGGCGCCCGAGGCCUCGGACCGCGACCUGGCAGUACAACCCAGCGAGGGUGAUGACGGCGCGGGAGGCACCAGUGGCGUGGGGCUGACCAGUGAUGAGGACCUGGGCUGGGGCGGCGCGGACGAGGAGGAGGCGGAGCUGGAGGAGGGCUGGCAGUCAGGCUACAUCGCACCCGAGAUGGACCAGGCGGCCAUUGAGCGUGAGCACGCCCCCGCAGUGGCCACCAGCCACGAGGCGGUGUCCGAGUACGUGGGCCAGGUGCUGGACCAGUUCAUGGACGCGCGGCCAGAGUUCCUGGAGCCCGGCGCCGACCCGCUCAGCCUGGAGGGCUUCCUGGCUCAGGAGCGGCGGCUGGUGGACGCCAGCGAGGCGCAGCACAUCCACAACAAGAUGCUGUACGACGCCGUGAACGAGGCGCUGCUGGGCAUCUACCGGGCAGCCAACCGCGUGCAGAGCCAGCCGUGGCUGCGCACGAACCGUGUGGUCAAGCCACUGCCGAGCCCCGCGGAGAUGUUGGAGCAGGUGCAGAAGCAGAUCAAGGCCUGGUCCAGUAUGCGCAUGCGCGACCCCGCGGAGAUCGACAAGGUCCUGGCGCAGGACGCGCAGGAGGACGAGCGCGCCUGGACGGACCUCACCGGCGCGGAGGUGGAGGUGAAGCGCGAGGUGGCGGAGGCGCUGUGGGCGGACCUGGUGGGAGACACGGCGCAGGUGCUGGCAGACCUGGAGCAGCUGCUGGCGCCGCCCGUCACCACCAGCUUCCGGCGGCGCAUGUUGUAGCAGGCUACCGUAUGUAACUUAGUGGGCAUCAAGUAGUGCAGGGAGCAAACUGAUAUGUAAUUGGCCAGGAGGCUGGUUACAGGGGCCGGGGUUGCGGCAGCACUGAGUGAAGUAGGGCGGCUUGCGGAUCUAGCAAGUAGCAAGAACGAAUGAGAAUAUUGCAACGGGUGUCGCUCAUGCGGUUGAGCAAGUACUAACAGUGUGGGUUGACGGAAUGACGCUGCUACCGUAUGCUCCAGGACUGAUUAAAUGCCCCUGGACGUGAGCACUUGAGGAUGGGAAAGGAGCAUAGCCGACGUGGGUGUGGUACUUCCACAGGGACGAAGGCGCGUGCCACAACUGCAUUGGGUAAACGUCGUGAACGCUGCACUGUGACAAAGCAUUGAGCACGGGUAACUAUGAUAUCACAUGAAUUGCUUAGGCGGUUUGUGCGACACCGGACGCGUUGAUGACGCACGACUGUUAUACGGCAGCAGCUGCAGAGCUAGCCGGGUCCUGUAGCCUGUCUGUAUGUGUAUGACAUAAUCAAGGGAUAUCAAGUGUUGCUUAGGUGCCUGGCGGAGUGACCUGUAUCCUGUAACAUACGCAGAAC